AUGAUUCAGACAAGAAUCUUAGGUAGAAAUGGUGCUUUGAAAGGCAUCAGAAUGAUGUCUAACACAAGGAGAACAUGGCAGGCUGUUUCUCCUGAAGAAUCUGCAUUACCCUCAACACAAGAAAUGAAAAGUACUGAAUCAUGGAGUAGUAAAACUAGACCCAAUAAUAUGACCAAUCGAGUGAUUGAAUUUGCUAAAGAACUUCAAGAAUCUGCUAAAGAGGCACCUAUUAGGAUCGACAACCAAUUCACGAAUAGAUUUGAUGCUGGAUCAACGUAUGAUCCGUUCGAUUUUGGUACUGCAAAAUUAGAGACCAGAAAGAAAAUGGCAAGAGAUGUCCAACGUAAAGAUCCAUUUGGAGCAUCAGGAAUUGAUCCUUUGAAUUUGUACACAAUGCCUGAGAUUUUAAGUAAGUUUCUUCUGCCUCUGGGACAAAUCUUAUCGAGAAAUUAUACUGGAUGUAAUGCUGCAAAUCAAAAGAAGUUGGCCAUUGCUGUUAAACGGGCUCGGAGUGUUGGGUUAUUGAGCUCAACUCAUAGACAUCAAAAGUAUUUAGUUUCCAGAAGUUUAUAG